CUCCCCGCCCAGUCCCGGCUGCUCUCGCUGCUUUACGGCAGUGUCGCGCGCCCCUGGGGCUCGGCGGCAGGUUCGCGGUGCGGGCCCGGCGGGAGCGAUGGAUGUGGGGGAGCUGCUCAGCUACCAGCCCAACAGAGGGACCAAAAGACCCCGCGAUGAAGAGGAAGAGGAAAUCAAAGCACGUCGGAAACAAGCCAGUGCUCGAGAGCACAGUCGUCACAGGGAAGAGGAGUCUGCUGCACUGGAGGAAACUGAUGACGAGAAGAAGAAACUCCUUCAGAUAAUUGAGAGGGAUGGAGAAGAGGAAGACGAGGAGGAGGAACCUUUGGAUGAAAGUUCAGUGAAGAAGAUGAUUCUCACCUUUGAGAAGAGGUCUUACAAAAACCAGGAGCUGCGGAUCAAGUUUCCUGACAAUCCAGAGAAGUUCAUGGAGUCGGAACUGGAUUUAAAUGACAUCAUUCAGGAAAUGCACGUGAUCGCGACGAUGCCCGGCCUGUAUCACCUGCUGGUGGAGCUGAACGCUGUGCAGUCUCUGCUCGGGCUGCUGGGACACGACAACACAGAUGUUUCCAUAGCUGUGGUGGACUUGCUGCAAGAGCUGACUGAUAUAGAUACUCUCCAUGAGAGUGAAGAAGGAGCUGAAGUCCUCAUAGAUGCUCUCGUGGAGGGCCAGGUCGUGGCCUUGUUGGUCCAGAAUUUAGAGCGCCUGGAUGAAAGUGUGAAAGAGGAAGCUGAUGGUGUCCACAACACCCUGGGAAUUGUGGAGAACAUGGCAGAGUUCCGGCCGGAGAUGUGCACGGAGGCUGCACAGCAGGGCCUCAUGCAGUGGCUGCUCAAGAGGCUGAAGGCUAAGAUACCUUUUGAUGCCAACAAGCUGUACUGCAGUGAGGUGCUGGCAAUUCUACUCCAGAAUAAUGAUGACAACAGAGAAUUGCUUGGGGAGCUGGAUGGGAUCGAUGUGCUGCUUCAGCAGUUAUCUGUGUUUAAACGACACAACCCAAGUACAGCAGAGGAACAGGAAAUGAUGGAGAACCUGUUUGACUCCCUGUGCUCCUGCCUAAUGCUCAGCUCCAACCGUGAUCGCUUCCUGAAGGGUGAAGGUCUGCAGCUGAUGAACCUGAUGCUCAGGGAGAAGAAGAUUUCCCGCAGCAGUGCCCUGAAGGUGCUGGACCACGCCAUGAUUGGACCAGAGGGCACAGACAACUGUCACAAGUUUGUGGACAUCCUUGGGCUGAGAACCAUCUUCCCUCUCUUCAUGAAAUCACCCAAAAAGAUAAAGAAAGUUGGAACAACUGAAAAAGAACAUGAAGAACAUGUCUGUUCCAUCCUGGCUUCCCUUCUGCGAAACCUGAGAGGGCAGCAGAGGACACGGUUACUGAAUAAAUUCACAGAGAAUGACAGUGAGAAGGUUGAUAGGCUGAUGGAGCUGUAUUUUAAGUACCUGGAUGCAAUGCAGGCAGCUGAUAAGAAGAUUGAUGGGGAGAAACACGACAUGGUGCGUCGGGGAGAGAUCAUAGACGAUGACAUGGAAGACGAAUUCUAUCUCCGUCGCCUGGAUGCCGGGCUCUUUGUGCUGCAGCUCAUCUGCUACAUCAUGGCAGAGAUCUGUAAUGCCAACGUUCCCCAGAUUCGUCAGAGAGUCCACCAGAUCCUGAACAUGAGAGGCAGCUCCAUUAAAAUUGUUCGACACAUCCUGAAGGAGUAUGCAGAGAACAUCGGGGAUGGGAAGAACCAGGAGUUUCGGGAGAGUGAGCAGAAGCGGAUCCUGGAUCUGUUGGAGAAUUUCUGAGGACCAGGAGCUGAACUCUGUGUCAGCCACGAGGACGCGAUGCCGGUUCUCCCUCUGUGUCUGCCCACGAGGACAUGGCGCCAGUUCUCCCUCCUUCUGCCCCUCCUCCAGCCUUGAUUGCACGAUGAAAGUGAUGUUUCUGUGAAACUGCUUCUAAAUGGGAUUUGGGAGAUAUUAAAGAUAGUUUCCUUUUUUUUUUA